AUGGUGAAAGCGGACGUCCGAAGGGACUACUAUGCGGACCUGGGUUUGCAACCCAACGCGGAGGCUGAGGACAUCAAAAAGCAGUUCAGGAGGUUGGCACUCAAAUUCCACCCUGAUAGGAACCAAGGGCGUGAACAAGAGGUCAUCGCCAAGUUCCAGGCCAUCCAAGCAGCGCACGAGAUCCUCAGCGACUCCCAACAACGGCUGAAGUACGACACAGAGCGCCUCCGCGCAGGAUAUGGCAAAGUAUACGGACCGUCCAAGACUGCUCCACGCAAGACCCAGCCCAGUUACUCCCAGAAUUACACUACGGCCACUCCUCCCAAAACACAAGGUUCGCACCACCCCGCUUCUUCCGGAGGUCCUCCCCCAGGUCCAAUCCCCUCGGACGACUCCCCUUCCCCUCCCUGGAAUACCACGUCCCCUAACAGGCCACAAGCUCCGAAAUCUUCCUUUGAUAGUCGAUCACAAGGCGCGUCCAGGGGACCCUCAGCUGGUGCUUCACGGUAUGCUACUCAUGCGCGUGCUGGACCCCAACAAUGGCAGAAGCCACAGGAUGAGGCUCAGACAAGAGCGGAUGCAUUCAAGGGUUUCCAUAAUAUGAGAGGUCAGAACUGGAGAGGAUUUGACCCUACAUCAGGCGCUACGCCACGGCAGCAGAACGCGCCUUUUGGUAACCCUAAGCCCAAGUCUGCGUAUGAGCAAUUCAAGGAGAAUGUUCAGGCCAAGAACUCCGCGAACACGAAUUCACCCAAGAAGAGGCAUGGCUACGCGCCUGGAACCGCGGCUGGAGAUGAGCCCAUGGCUCCGAAUACCAGUGCUUAUACCAGCAACAGAAGCGAACGGCCAAGUACCAUGUAUUUUGACUCUGCACCGCCCCCCACAGCCAAAAAGUCAACAAGACCCGUGUCUCCAAACUGGCAGUCAGGAUCAGCAGAACCCCCAUCUCCACCAUUGGCACAGGAAUUCGAGCGAACUAGCAGUCGCUAUGCUACGACAGGAGGCGAGAAGACCUUUUUCGCAAAUCCGGGUCUAGGACGUUCAUCGACCAUGCGUACACCUACGUCUUCAUACCGAGCAUCAAAUGCCCGCACCAACCCUUCGAGCCCUGACCAUGCUCAACCGGAGAGACAUCGCAGCGCCAGCCCCAAGACCAGACGAGACCGAUCUUAUUCAUUUUCGUCGACAACUUCAAGUGAUCUCGAUGACGAUGUUAUCGAAGAAGAAGUGCGCCGACCCAACGGUUUCAAACCUAUGGCCGUUCCUAAGAGUCGACUCAGACCCAAUCAAAAGUUCGGCGACUUCUAUCGAACGAGGGACUCUAGCCCCGGAACUGGUGAGGACGCCUCUGCCCGGCCAGACACCCAAGGCCAUCGACAUUCGUCAGCCACGCAAGAAACCCGGAAACCUCGAGGGGCUCCCACCUAUAUUGACUUGACCGCUGACAGUGACGAUAACAAAGGCCACAACUCGGACAGCGCUGCAUUCGCGAAAGGAUCCUACCGCCCUGAGCAACAGGAAUCGAAUUCUAGUAUCAACUCCACCCAGGAUAAGACAGAUCCUGCUGCAUACACUCGCCAUAAUACCAAUAAUCUUCACAAAAAGUUCUCUGCCGAAGAUUGGCGGAUACACCUCGAUGAAGUCAACUUCCUUGGUGCUUCUUUGAAAGACCGGUUUCCUCUCGGCAAGGCAGGAUCAGCGACUCCGAAUUCCCGGCCACGGGCCAGCACUCGCACUAGCCCAACACAAUCAUCAACACCAUCGGGCAUCUCUGGGUUGAACGCGUUCGCUUCUAGGGCGGGCUCUUUUGAACCGCAGACACAGCAAGCACCUACCCCUUUUGCACAGGCCAAGUUCUCUGCGGACAAGUGGUCCAAAGACCUACACAAUAUAUCAUGGACAGCUGCAGAAAAGUCAGGACAAUCAGACAAUGUCUCUUCCUCCCGAAGCCCUAAGAAGCCGCCGCGGUCAGGUACUAAAGUUCGGAGCACACCGAAGCCCGUCAGAGUGGCGAGCGAAGUUGAAGAGGCUGAGGAGACUGUCAGUGGAGACAGUCUUCCCGAGCACAAUCCCUCCAUGCCUGUUGGUGAAGAGCCAAUGGACCUUGACGAUGACUCGCCGUCCAUACCACCAGCUGCGCCUGUGCCACCGAACAUACCCACUGGUAGCGCAAGAACCGCCAAAUACCCCGAUCUCUCUGCGCAUACUGCACCGACUCACCCUGGUGCCUCGCAGAGACCUCAACCACCUACGCAAAAAGAGCGUAUCCCGUCUCAAAACGGUUUACGCUCUCCACUCUAUGAUCUUGGCAACUUUGGAAAUCUUGCACCCUUUACUGGCACCAACAGCGGGGGUAUUGAAAAUCUCGGAGAUGUCUCGGCUACGCUACCGUUCGAGUCAAGAGCCAAAGUCCAAACCACCACCAGGGACGAUAUUCGCCCCCGAGAUCUCCAGUUGCCGAACCCUCCUAAGCGACCUACAGCACCUGCUCCAAUUCCCAUUGCGCCAGGUUCACAUAGAACGGUUCUCUCGCGCGAGAAAUGGAACUGGUAUGUAUCCGCGAUGGGUACCUACAUGCAUGAGUGGAAAAUCUUUAACCGCCGCAUGCUCCUCCACUUCAAUACCCGCCAAGAUGCAGUUGAGAGUGGCCUUGCGCCCGGCUGGAUCAGUGCCGUUGGCGAUACAACCCGAUUGAAGAUGAAUGGGGUUGAUGACGAUAGCAAUGGUGACCGUAACGGGGCUCGGGGUGAUCUCGAGCCUACUGAGCCCGACGAGUACCUUGUGCCAGGCAGUGGCAAGGGCGGUUUCAGUGCGUACUUGCGUGGCAUUGAAGAGGAUAUUAGGGUACGCAAGCACUGGGAAGUGGCCUGUGAGAUGCACCGUGAUUGUAUUCUUGAGCUUGGGCGGUUACGCGAAUGGAUUCGCAACGGGGGCAAGGUUGCUUGA